AUUUUGUGAGCAAUAUAUGUGGUGGAGCACUAUCUAGCCACAUAAUCUAAAAAUCUAAAUUAUUUAGUCAGUUAAUCAGACGCUUAGUUUAUGUUUAAACAUUAGUUACGUUUUAUUUUAUCCGCCAUAUUGGUCAAAACUAGAAAGAUAUAAAUUUUGAUUGGUCAUUGAAAAGAUUUCAAUUUAUAAGAAGAUGGAUGACGAUCUUCAACCUAGGAAAAGAGAUCGUACAAAAUCAUGGAAAGAGUAUGAUGGAAAUGAAGAAAUUCCUUUGAUUCUUUCGGAAGGAUUUUUGCCAAUAAAAUUUCAUAACGGAGAACUUUCGGAGCUUGAUUACGAAGGAGCAGUUAGAUUCUAUUAUGAUGACGGGAAAAGUGAGUUAACUAAAACUGUGCGUCUUACAAAUAGAACUUCUGUCGAAGAACUCAUACCCAUACUAAUAAGCAAGUUUAGUUUACCAAGUAAUAAAAGUUAUUCGCUAUACGAAAAAGAUAACGAAUCAGAUGAAACUGCGUUGUUAUUGAAUGAAGAAUGUCCUUUGGCUCGUGCAAUUAGCAAUAAAAAAAUUCCUAGAUUUAUUCUUUGUGAAAAUAAUUCAAACAUUUCAAUUAAACCAGAAGAUAGUGUAAGUCAAUAUAGCUCAUCAAAAGAAGAAAAAAAAAAAAAACUAUUUGGUAAAGACAAAAUUGAAAAUAAAGUUAAAAAAACAGAUGAUCCACUUGUUAAAAAAAAGAAAAAAAGUAAAACAGUACCUAGUUUUGAAAUUACUCCUCUUAAUACUGAAAGCAGUUUUGAUACAGAUGAAAUAACUGAAUCUGCUAAGUCUGAUAUAUCUGAUACUUCGGUAGAUUGGGAUAAAGAAAAUGUUUUGAAUGAAAAAAUGUUAGUAAGUGUAAACAACACAAAGAAUUUAAAAUCAUCUUUAUCAACAGCUUCAGAAGUAAAUUUAAAUACGUCUUCAAAGAAUAAAGAAUCAAGCGAACUUAUUGAGAGUAGUUUAAAUGAAAAUAAACAUAAAUCUUUAUCAUUUUCAAGCUCUUCAAUUUUUUAUGAUCAAGAUAAUGAUGAAAACAAUAAUCCAAAGAGUAUUCAAAAAGUAAAAAAACAAUCUGUAACUACAAGAACCCAACAUCCAAGAUCUAUUAGUAAAAUGUUUCACAAGAAAAAAAAAGAUCUCCAAUACAACAAUACAGAGUUAUCUACUAAUAAAUUGACACCAGGGAUUUUAAAAGUUUUUGGAGAUAAUAUUUCUGCAGGAUUAAAUUACAAAGCAGUUCGCGUGUCAACAAUUUCAAGUGCUCAGGAAGUUAUCCAAAUGGCACUUGAGAGAUAUGCUUUUGAAAAUGCAGACCCUAAAGACUUUGUCCUGUGUGAUGUUGUUGGUACUUUUCAAUCACCAAAUGCAAGUUAUAAUACAAAACAACAAAAUAGACCCAAAAAAGGGGAAGAAGAUGAACAAACAAUAUGGAACACAGAGUAUAUACGUAUUGUAAAUGAAAAUGAAAAACCUUUAGUUUUGCAAUCCCUUUGGAAGCCAACAGGUAAUCGUUUUAGAAGGUUUGAACUUCGUCGUAAGCAAGAUGCUGAAUCCUCCAGCUUUAUUAACACUGCAGAAGGACUAGGGCGAAGCUCAUCUGAUUUAAGUUUGUUUGAAAGUUCAGAAACGUCAAGUGCCAGUAAAAGCAUAGAUUCAGGCACUAAAGAAUUAGUACCUUUGUCACCACAUUCAAAAUCUAAUGGAACACAUAGUGAAAAUGUUGUUGCUCCUUUGUAUGUUCCAUAUUUGUUAUUGAUGCAAGGCUUUAGAAACUCUUCUGACAAGCUUCUGCACAAGAUUGACGAUCCAACAAUUAUUGUUGGCCCCUAUUCAAAAGGUGGCAUCAAGUAUCACAUUGAAUUAUUUUCAUCAGAUAUUUUGGAGCCUCAUGCUUAUUUAUAUAAAAAAAUAAACUCUUCUACAAAUUCUGAUGAAACUAGUGUAGAUGAUAUUAAUUUCAGCAUAUUUGUUGAUCCUGCAAAAGGUGCUGAGGUUUCGAUUAAUGGUGAGGUUGUAAGGUCUGAAACUUUACUUAAUCCUGGAUCAAUUUUGGGAUUUGGUAAGUCCUAUUACUUUCUUUUUAAAGAUCCUACCCAGCAAGAUACUGGAUUGCCAUGGUUAAAACUUUUAAAACCUAAUAGCACUCAGCCAUCAAAUGCCAACUAUGCUACCAUCAACCAUGUCACCAAGUCUAUUCAAACCACAAAUCAAGUUUUUACUUCAGAUGAAAAAGAUUCUACAGAAAAUGAAAGCAGUUCUGAUAGCAGCUCUGAAGAAGAAGAAAUUCAGUAUUUAGCUCCUCGUAAGGAAGUUGAAAAGAGUUAUUUACAAAUGAGUUAUGAUAUUAAAAAUGAAGAUGAAGUUCUUAAUAUGAUUUUAGAUAUUGCUGAUUCAGAUCUUGGAGCUUUCAAGUUAACACCAAUGUAUUUUUUCAUGAUGGUCAUUGAACAUUCUGCUGCCACUUUUACAGAAUUGCAGACCAGAAAACUUUUACUUAAGAUAUCAAGCGGUUUGCAAAGAAUUGCAUGGGAAAAGACUAAAGAAAUUGGGAAAAAAAAUAUAAAGGAUGAAGACCCUUUGGUUAUGUUGAAGUAUUUGCUACCUGAAUUAAAACCUGUAUUGUUUUGGAUGUCAAGUGCAAUAGAAAUGCUCAACUUUUUACAAGGAAAAAUGAGCAGCUAUCUCUUACCUCGUACAAUGGUGACUACCAACAAAGAAGCAUUGUUAUCUGCCGAUGAUGAGUUACUUACUGUAUUAGAAGAAGUUAUAAUGUUUACAUUUCAGCAAACUGUUUAUCAUGUCACUAAGGUUUUGUAUGCUACUUUGCCCUCUGUGAUUGACUCUAAUCCUUUCCGGUCCAAUGAUAGUUCUGAUAUUGCAAAUGACAAAAUGGAAUCAAAUGUUCAUUCAUCUGUUGAAAAAAUUACAAUUAUUUUUUCAAAAGUUCUUGAAGCUGCUAAAGAAUUUCAGGUUCACACACAAAUUACACAACAACUGUUUGCAUAUCUAUUUUUCUUCUCAAAUGCCUCUUUGUUUAAUACAUUAAUGGAGAAAGGAACUGGUGGCAAGUUUUAUCAAUGGGCAAAAGGUGUGCAAAUGCGUACCAAUCUUGAAUACUUAGAGUCUUGGGCACAGUUUAAUGGGUUAAUAGCGCAGUUUGACAAGUAUAUGAUUAAAAUAAUAAAUGCAGUUGAUUUGCUUGCAUGUUCAAUAGUAGAACUCACUCAGAUGGAUUGGACAUCUUUGCGUGAAAGGUUUCCUUCACUUAAUGCUGCUCAGUUGCACCAAUUACUUGCUGAGUAUAAUUUAGGUGGUAAACCUCGACCACGACUAUGGUAUCCUCCGCCUCAUGAAAUUGAACCGGCCUUAAGAUCAUCUGAUGUUCUUGAAAGUUUCGCUACGCAUCCACCACUGAUUCUGCCUUCUGAUGGUUUUGUGAUGGAUCUCAGCAAGGAUCCAGACAGUGAAGAUUUCUUCAUUUUCUAUGAUCUUUUUCGAAAUGGAGGCUUUAAAAAUAAAGAAAAUGAAUCAUUCCGAAAAGGGCCUGUAAAUUCGAAGAAAGAACGCACAAAAAGUCAUAUUAAUGGUAUAGAAGUAAAGGAGGCUCUUAAAAAUCAACCGGUGGAAACUUCUGCAGAUAACAGACGUCGCAGCAUUACUGUAAAUGAAAAAAUGACUGAAAGUAAAAUAUCCAGUGAAAAUGACAGUAAAAUAUCCAGUGAAAUUCAGUCAAAUAAAAACACUGUAAAAUAUUCUUCAGACAUUAAUAGCGUAAGAAACAAAACUUCUAAUCCAACUUCAUCCAAUCAAGUUUUAGGGAAUUAUUAUAAUACUGAUGGUUUUCAUAAUGUGGAAAAUACUGAUGAGUUAGUCAAUAAAGCUAGAAAUUUAUUAGAAUCUGAAAAAAAAGUUGCCAACAAUAAAAAUGAAUAUUCUGUAGAAUUAGUGCGAGGUGCCAAAGGUUUAGGCUUAGGUCUCAUCGAUGCAAUGUUCACAGCACUGCAAACAAAUGCUAUAUAUAUUCGUACUAUUGUACCUGAUACACCAGCUUCUAGGGACCCCCGUUUAAGUAUUGGUGAUCGUCUGCUAGGUGUGAAUGGAAUAUCUCUUGUUGGAUGUGACUAUAAUCAGGCAAUGGAUAUUAUAAAAAAAGCUGGAGAUCGAUUAUCUUUUUUAAUAUCGAAGUCGGACAAAGAAACUGUAAAUAAAAUAUUAAGUUCCGCUACGUAAUACAUUUUUUUACACAAAAGUAUUUAUUUUAAUAUCGCCUGAGAAUCUUUAUACAUAACUAUUUUUAUUUAACUUUUUUUUUUUUAUUUCAUACAUUAUUCUUUCUUUAUAAAUUUUCAGUUAAUUUCUUGCGAUUCUUUCUUGCAUUCCUGGCAAAUUUUUUAUUACAAUUAUUUAUUCUUAUUUUUAAUAGCAAUUAUAAUUUAUUGAAAAUAUUUUUCGAAAAUUAUUUUUCUUUAACUUUCAGUAAAAUUAUUUUUCUUCAGUAAAAAAGAUGUAAUUUUAUGUUUCUUUUUAAAAUAUUAAACAAUUGAUACAUUUGUUUACGUUGUUACAACAUUGCGAUUACGUUGUUACAACAUUGCGAUUGUAAUCGAAAAAAUAAUAUUUUUAUUGUA